AUGACGACUACUCUCGCCACCACCGCCAUGCCCAAGUUUACUCGUCUCGAAUUUCCUCGCUAUGAUGGCAAAGACGAUCCUAUUGGCUGGAUGCAUCAUUGCGAACAGUUUUUCAAGGCCCAAAACACGCCGCCCCAAGAGUUUGUGAGCACAACCGCGUUCCACCUGACGGGCGUCGCUCAGAUGUGGCAUUUUCGGCUGGAGCUCGAAGAGCCCGACAUGACGUGGCAGCAGUUCAAGCAGCGCUGUUUCAUGCGUUUCGGGCCCGGUUUGCGCAUCAACGUUCUUGGUUCAUUGGCCAAACUCAAUCAGGACGGGAAGCCGGUUGAAGAGUACAACAAUGAAUUUCAGUCGAUGCUCAUGCGCUCCACUACAGUUCGCUGCGAUCAUGAAGUGGAUUUGUACACUUCCGGCCUCGACGAGUGGUUACGCAUCGACGUUGAGAAUCACCGACCGGCGAACCUUGAUAUCGCCAUGAAUUUGGCGAGAACCAACUGCCGGCGUCAGGCGUGUGCUCCGCGCGAAACGCCAGGAGUUUCCCGCCGCCAUUCUAACACUACCCACAUUUCCUUUGCAGGUGGAUCGACGAGACCAGUGCAAUCCUCAUUUAUCGCCAAUUCACGACCAAGCGUCGCGGCUUCAUCUCCAGCGUCUAUCGCUAUUAGCUCGACAGGCAGUCGCGCCGCAUCAUCGUCGGCCAGCACACAACCGGGACCAAACGGGACGGCUGGCAUGACCCCUCCUCCUGAACGACGACUUUCACGGGCUGAGUAUAUUCAGAGAUGUUCUCGAGGUCUUUGCUACAAUUGCGACGAGCUAUGGUCUCCAGAACAUCGCUGCAAACAGCUAUUCUUUUUGGUUUUAGAUGAUACCAUUGAGGAUAUGGAUUCGACCUUUACUUCCGACCUGGGUACUGACAACCCAGAAAUUUCUUUACACGCGAUUACAUGCACUAACAAUGGCCAAACUAUGCAGGUGCAAAUGUUUCUCGCGGAUGUUCCAGUCACUGCUUUGAUCGACUCGGGCAGUACCCAUAGCUUCGUGAAUGAGCGUACCGCGACACGACUUGGCCUGCGCAUCGCGGAAUGUGUGGGACUCCAGGUCGCCGUAGCGAACGGAGAACUGAUUCUGGGCUCCGGCAUGUGCGAAAAGGCCCACAUUACUAAAGAUGGCCAGAAUUUUUCCAUUCGUUUAUAUUUGAUCCCAUUAGCAGGUUUUGAGUUAGUACUGGGUGUCAAUUGGCUACGUACCCUGGGCGCGAUUCUAUGGGAUUUUACUGCGCUCACCAUGACUUUCACCGUGCUUGGACGUUCUAUCACUUGGCAUGGUAAACGCGUCCGGCCUCAUCGUGCCUUACGGGCACUCACUACCGGCUCUCCCAACGCAUCUGCUCUUGCACACGUUCUCAUGGAUUUUUCUGACUUAUUUCAGGAACCCACGUCUCUUCCACCGGCUCGUUCUUGCGAUCACCAUAUCACCCUUGCUAAUGGAGUGGAUCCGGUGGCUGUCCGCCCAUACCGUUACCCGCAGGCUCAAAAAGUUGAAAUUGAGAAGCAAUGUCGUUCCAUGCUUGCGCUUGGCCUUAUCCGACCGAGUCGUUCCCCUACUCCUCACCUGGAACUAAACGCCAAAACCGUAAAAGACAAGUUUCCUAUUCCGGUCAUCGACGAACUUCUAGACGAGCUGCAUGGCUCGCGUUUCUUCACCAAACUUGACCUGCGCUCCGGAUACCAUCAAAUUCGGAUGCACCCCGAUGACGUCGAGGAAACAGCAUUUAGAACGCACCACGGCCACUUUGAGUUCUUAGUGAUGCCGUUCGGCUUAUGCAACGCGCCGUCUACAUUCCAGGCAUUAAAGAACGAGGUUUUUGGUUCUUUACUCCGUCAUAUUAUUGAUGCUAAUGGAGUUUCUAUGGAUUCAGCUAAAAUUAAAGAUGUUCUGGAUUGGCCUACGCCACAGUCCACCCGCGCUUUGCGUGGAUUUUUAGGUUUAGCAGGUUUUUACAGAAAAUUUAUUAAGGAUUUUGGCUUGUUAGCAGCACCCCUGACAACAUUGUUGAAGUCUCACUCGUUUAAUUGGAAUACGGUAGCGGAUGGCGCCUUUGCUAAGCUCAAAUCCGCCGUAACAUCAGCCCCAAUGCUGCAACUUCUGGACUUUAAUGCUUUAUUUAUUAUCGAGUGCGACACGCCGGGGGUGGGUAUUGGAGUGGUUCUGCACCAAAAUAAUCACCCUAUUGCAUUUUUUAGCCGCAAGCUUGCUCAUCGACAUCAUCAACUUGCUGCCUACGAACGAGAAUUAAUUGGUCUCGCUCAGGCAGUGUGUCAUUGGCGGCACUACUUAUGGGGUCGUAAGUUUUUAAUUCGCACGGACCAUUACAGCCGCAAGAUUCUUUUGCAACAACAGCUCACGACAUCUCCACAACACCAUUGGAUUAGCAAGUUGAUGGGAUACGACUUUGAGGUCGAAUUUCGCGCCGGCCGGUUGAAAACAGUCGCCGACGCAUUAUCCCUCCGUGACGAGGACUCGCCCAUUUUAUUUGCAUUAUCCAGUCCUCGGUCUUCAUUAUUGGACUCCAUUUCUCGUGAAUUGCACAAUUCCCCGGAGGGCAGGUCCAUAAUUAGUCGGUUGGAGGUCGACACCACUGAUACCCGCUGGUCUUUCCGUGACGGCGUUCUCAGCAAGUGGGAAAACUUAUGUCCGGCAGGCCUUUUGCAGCCAUUGCCGAUUCCCUCUCUGGUUUGGAGCGAUAUUUCGCUCGACUUUGUGGAGGGAUUACAGAAAGUACAGGGGAAAACGGCCUUAUUGGUCGUAGUCGACAGAUUAUCAAAAUAUGCUCAUUUCCUCCCGAUUUCGCAUCCAUUCACGGCUAUUACGGUCGCCAAUAUUUUCUUUGCCAACAUCGUCAAGUUGCACGGUGUCCCGGAAACCAUGGUGAGUGAUCGAGACAAUACUUUUACUUGCGCGUUUUGGAACGAAUUAUUCCGGCUCAAUGGUUCCACGUUGGCCUUCUCGACCGCGUACCACCCGCAAUCCGAUGGCCAGACGGAGGUAACCAAUCGGACGAUAGAGAUGUAUUUGCGUUGCUUCGUGGGUGACAAACCUCGUCAAUGGGUUGAGUGGUUUCCAUGGGCAGAGUAUUGUUACAACACUUCGUAUCACACGUCCAUCAGGACGACUCUGUUUCAUGUGGUAUACGGUAGGGAACCCCCUAAACUUUUGUCCAAUGAACCAGGCGUUUCUAAACCCGACACCGUGGAUGUUCACUUACAGAAGCGGGAUGCAGUUCUGACCGAAGUUCGUGACCGUCUACAAAUGGCGCAGGCUCGUAUGCGAGCCUCCUACAAUCGCACCCAUCGGGAGGUCAACUUCGAGUUGAUUGGUAAGGUGGCCUAUCAGCUGGAGCUUCCCCCGGACUCUCACAUCCAUGAUGUUUUUCAUGUAUCCCUACUCAAAGCCUUUGUCGGGGAGCCCCCACAGGAUGUUCCAGUACUUCCCCCGGUGAAGGAUGGUAAAGUAUUGCUGCAGCCCGCGGACAUUAUUCGCUCUCGCUUGAAUCGUGGGGUGCUUGAAGUUCUAGUUCAAUGGGAGGGUGCUUCUCCGGAAGAUUCUUCUUGGGAAUCUGUUGCCCAUUUUCAUGAAUUAUUUCCGAGCUACAAGCUUGAGGACAAGCUUGAUUUGCAGAGAGGGGGUAUUGAUACUUUCGUUGGUAGGACUUACCAAAGAAGGAAGAAACAGAUGGCAGCUUAG